CGCUUCCGGCUGUUGCCGGGCCCUAUAUCCGGUGUCCGCCCGCCCUAGGCUCGACUACCUGGAUCGCGAUGCUGUCCCGUUCACGUUGCUUGUCCCGGGCGUUCAGCCGUUCGCUUUUCGCCUUCCAGAAGGGGAACUGCCCUUUAGGGAGGCGUUCCUUGCCUGGUAUCUCCCUAUGCCAGGGACCGGCUUACCUUUACAGUAAAAAGAUUGUUUUAGAUGACUCUGUCUUGAAUGUUCGCUUCUUCAGAACUACAGCAGUGUGCAAGAAUGAUGUUAUUACAGUCAAGACACCAGCAUUUGCAGAGUCUGUCACAGAGGGUGAUGUCAGGUGGGAGAAAGCGGUUGGAGACACAGUUUCAGAAGAUGAAGUGGUUUGUGAAAUUGAAACCGACAAGACAUCUGUGCAGGUUCCAUCACCGGCAAAUGGAGUGAUUGAAGCCCUGUUGGUACCUGACGGAGGGAAAGUGGAAGGAGGAACCCCUCUGUUCACUCUCAGGAAAACUGGCGCUGCUCCUCCUAAAGCCAAACCAGCUGAAGCUCCCCCUGCUGCAGCCCCUAAACCAGAAUCUGUGGCAGCUCCUCCCCCUCCCCAACCUGUUGCAUCUAUACCUACUCAGAUGCCCCCAGUUCCUCCUGUGUCAUCACAACCUGUUGAUACCAAACCUGUGUCUGCAGUAAAACCCUCUGAUGCUGUAUCAGCAGCAGAGCCAGGAGCUGGCAAAGGUGUGCGCUCAGAACAUAGGGUGAAAAUGAACAGGAUGCGACAACGUAUUGCUCAGCGCCUAAAGGAGGCCCAAAAUACAUGUGCAAUGCUGACCACUUUCAACGAGAUUGAUAUGAGUAAUAUACAGGAGAUGCGGGCCCGACACAAAGAGAGUUUUCUGAAAAAACACAACCUGAAACUAGGCUUCAUGUCAGCAUUUGUGAAGGCCUCUGCCUUUGCCUUACAGGAACAGCCAGCAGUGAAUGCAGUGAUUGAUGACACAACCAAAGAGAUUGUGUAUAGGGAUUAUAUCGACAUCAGUGUUGCUGUGGCCACUCCACGGGGGCUUGUGGUACCAGUUAUUAGGAAUGUGGAAACUAUGAAUUUUGCAGACAUCGAACGAACCAUAAAUGAGCUGGGAGAGAAGGCCCGAAAGAAUGAGCUUGCCAUUGAAGAUAUGGAUGGUGGCACUUUCACAAUCAGUAAUGGAGGAGUCUUUGGCUCUCUCUUUGGGACUCCCAUCAUCAACCCCCCUCAGUCAGCCAUCCUGGGCAUGCAUGCCAUUUUUGAUAGGCCUGUUGCUAUUGGAGGCAAGGUGGAAGUGCGGCCCAUGAUGUAUGUAGCACUGACUUAUGACCACCGACUGAUUGAUGGCAGAGAGGCAGUGACUUUCCUUCGAAAAAUCAAGGCAGCAGUGGAGGAUCCUCGUGUCCUGCUACUUGACCUUUAGGGAAAGUCACACUCCCUAAAGCUCCAACUCACAGAGACUGAAAACCAGUCUUCCCCUAUCCCCCUCAUGUGUACCUGGGUCAGCUGGGUGGGAGACAGCCCCACAUGCUGCUGGCUUAAGAGAAGCAGAGCACUAGGUAACCAGCAGCUACAGCUCCUUUUAGGGCAUUCCUGUCCCUCUCUCCACUGCCUUUGUCUUAACACGAAUACUCUUACUUCUCAUUAUGCUCAAGGUGGGGGAGAGAGAGUAUUGAUGGAGCCUCGUUAAUAUCCUAGCCUUUCUCCCAUGCAUCCUCCCCAGAAAUGAUUUUGCUUUUUCCCUAUGGCAGCGUAUAAUAGAGAAACCACUAGGAAUAUUGUAAAUCUUCUUACACCUGCCCACUUUUCAAAAACCCAACAUCCUCAGCGGUACAGGAGGAAGAUCCUGGCCCCUAUCAUUAUGAAGCUAUAGCCCUGGCUCUGAUCUUUCCAAUUCUGGGCCCUGUGCAAAGUUUCUUUACUCAAAUACAGAGGAAGAGGUGCUGCUUUGUUUAUUAAAGGGCACCUUCUUGCUUAGGUAGCCUUGAUUGGCUUUAAAAUGCCUCUUCUACCUCUUUGGGAAGCACAGCCCUGUAUCCUGAGAUUAGAGGGAGGGGAGGGGAGGGCGGAGGAGGGUGGGGAGAAAGAGGGUUCAAGAGGGUGAACUGGCUCAGAAGACUUCAACUUGAGAUACUCUUAUCUCCAGAGGUGAGAGUGCAUCAGUUUUGCACUUAAGACUAUGGGUCUUAUGCCCAGAAAGGCCCAUCUCUGCACAACCAUGCACAGUGCUGCUGUGCUCACCUGCCUUUCUCUAUAAGUUCCUAGCAAUCAUACCAGCAAAGGGGUUUGCAUUAGAACCAUCUUCAUUUUUGGGUGGAAGUUGAACAGUUGGUCCUUGGAGUCAGCGGAUGUAGAAUUUGGUUGAGAGGGAUGGAAAGUCUCUAGUAAAAUGCUGCCUAUUGUUUUUUUAGACUUAAAUUUGAAGUUCAAAUUGGUCUUUCUGCCCUAUGUGGACAGAUAAGGGCACUAAGCAUUACCAAUUAUGGUGUGGGCUGGCAGAAGAGAGGAAGCAAUAUGGACUCCUUCCUGCAGCAGGACCAGAAUAAGGAAAGUACACUUCUGGAAGUUCUCUAUCUUAGUGAGAAGCAAGCUGUGACUUGUUAGUAUAACUGGAGUCAUCUUUAAUAUACUGCCUGAUGUUGGUGGGCAAAAUCAUUGGGGUCCCUUGGGAAAUGUUUCAGUAUAUACUUUUAUUGUGAGGGCUACUGGAAAUCCAUCAAUAUGUAUCCAAAUAUACCCAGUUCUGAGGCUGCUGGAACCAUGGGGGCCAUUUAUUAGGGCCCAGCAUGAGAGGGGUGAGGAGGGUGGAAUCCAGUACUGAGUGCCUGCAGUGUCUACUACUCUUCAAUAUACAGAACUUGUAAUUAAAAUAUUUAAAGAAACCCAAGUUUUAAAUGAAAUUAAAGGGGAAAUGUUCUCAAACUGUGUCUUGGCUUCUGGCCUACUAUCUAAAGAUAAAGGACAAACUUAAUAGUUUUUUAAAAAAACUAUUAGCCUAUUCUUUUUUUCACUUAUUUCCUGAUACCUUUGGGUUAAGUUGGCCACGAUAUUCAGAUUGGCCGGGAGAAAGAUCUGUUCUACUGACUGCUCACAGGAGAGACUUGAAUUAUCAAUGUCUCCCUUUUGUGUCAGAGCUUCCUCUCCACUGCCUCAUUUCUAUUUACUUUUCAAAAAGGCAUUUGCUGCUUUUCCUUAGUCACUCUUUUCCUAAAUUAGAUUGGAGUGUGGAGUAGCAGCUAGCAUAGUGGUCCACAUAUGACUCUUUAAUUAUGUGUUCAGCCACAGCUGAUUGCCAUUCACAGAGGCUUAGAGACUUUUGAAUGGUGGAAAGUAAAAAUGUCUGUUAGACUUAGUGUGCUUUCUGUCACACCAGAGGUCUGCUGUACCAAAAGCACAGUAUAACAAAGUGGGAGUUUACUGCAGCUUUCAAAUAGUAUCCCAGAGGGCAACCUUAGACACAAAUAUGAAAAGAGGGUUGCUGGUGACAAGAUUACUUGGCAAUUAAUACUUGGUGGUUCCACAUAAAGUAGUAUUCAACCAUAUUCAUUUUGUCUAAGUAGGUCUCCCCAGUUGCUACUCAUGAAAGCCCCCAAAUUAACUCAUCCUCAAAGGGGAAAACGCCAGAUAUUCUGUAAACUCUUGGGUUAGCUGCUAUGGUUAUGGUUAUUUCUAGGGCCAUUGAUUCGGGAGAAUCAAAAUAUCCCCCAGACCUCUUCACUCAAUUUUACCUCAUGGGUUUGAGGGGAUCUCAGGGAAUUGGAGCCAGAGAGAAACUAGAUGUCAUAUUGUCAAGUAUAAAGUGAGAAAAAAGAAGGUCUCAGUGAUCACACAUAGUGAGCCAAGAUUGUUUGACUCCAAAUUGGAGACUUUUGGUACUUAGACCAUGUUUCCUCCUUGUUUGGGGCUCAAAUCUGGAAUGAAAUAGCCCAUUAAUAUGCUAAAGCACAUCAGGCAAAUGGGAAAGAUGUUUUUGCACAUCCUAGUUCUCCUGAAUUACCAUGUUCUUGGCCCUAAGGAGUGUAAAACAUUCCCCUUGGUGUGAAGAAACUUUUCCCCUUCUCAUGGAGUUUGAUUCUGGGGGUUCUUUCCUAUUCUAGCCUAAUAGGAUUAUUGCAUAAAUAGUACACUUGUAGAACUACAAAUUUUAUUUGGGAUGUUGUACAUUUGGAGGGGAAGGAUGGCAGUCAUGUUGGGGAAGUAGAGGUAUAGGCCACAAUCAGCUGUCCUAUGCCCUGGAGACUGCCUAGGUAAUAAUUCUAGAUAACUAUUAUCUGUUACAUAUUAAGAGAUUAUGGCUGUUCACACCACACUAAAAAUCAAGUACAGACAAGUUGUCUGAGUGAAUACCCUUGAGGCAGAAAAGGUGUUUGAGGUUCUCCCUCUUAUUUCUAGACCUCAGAGACUUCCAUCCUCUCCUAACCUUGGCUAAAACAGGCUUAAAUCUCAAGACCUCAGAAUCUCAUGGGAAGGACAAAUAAGCAGCUCAGAGACUUGGAGGCCUCUCUUU